CAGCCAAAAUGCAGAACGACGGAAUUGAGAAAUCAUCGUUUUGCUUCACAAUGUUUCAUAUAACGGUGCUCUUGUUUGUCAGCGUCCUAGCCCAGGCCCAAGAGCCGGAGCUGGGGGAUGUGUGCACCCAGGGGAGCUGUUACCCCGCCACGGGAGAUCUCCUCAUUGGGCGAGCACACCAGCUCUCCGCCACCUCCACUUGUGGCCUGGUCAAGCCCGAUCCUUUCUGUAUCGUCAGUCACCUACAGGAUGAGAAGAAGUGCUUUGUUUGUGAUUCCACCGAGACCUACAGUGAGAAAAUGAGGCACACCACCAGUCACAGGAUUGAGAAUGUUGUGACAACGUUUGCCCCCAACCGCUUGAAAACCUGGUGGCAGUCCGAGAAUGGUAUGGAGAAUGUAACCAUCCAGCUGAAUCUGGAAGCUGAGUUUCACUUUACGCAUCUCAUCAUGACCUUCAAAACUUUCCGUGCUGCAGCUAUGGUGAUUGAGCGGUCAGCUGACUUUGGAAGGACAUGGCUGGUAUACCGCUACUUUGCCUACGACUGUGAAACGUCUUUCCCAUCCGUCUCCCAAGGGCCGAUGAAGAAGGUGGAUGACGUCAUCUGUGAUUCCCGCUACUCUGACAUUGAGCCCUCAACAGAAGGAGAGGUCAUCUUCCGAGUCCUGGAUCCUGUGUUCAGGAUUGAGGAUCCAUACAGUCCCCGGAUCCAAAACAUGCUGAAGAUCACCAAUCUCCGAGUGAAAUUCGUCAGGCUUCACACACUGGGGGACAACCUGCUGGACUCACGCAUGGAGAUCAAGGAGAAGUACUAUUACGCUCUGUACGACAUGGUGGUCAGGGGGAACUGCUUCUGCUAUGGCCAUGCGUCCGAGUGUGCCCCGGUGGAUGGAGUCGGUGCUACUGAAGGCAUGGUUCAUGGUCACUGUAUGUGCAAUCACAACACCAAGGGGCUGAACUGUGAGAGGUGCCAAGAUUUCUAUCAUGACUUACCCUGGAGGCCCGCUGAGGGCCGCAACACCAACGCUUGCAAAAAGUGUAACUGCAAUCACCACUCGGACGAAUGCCACUUUGACAUGGCGGUGUUCGUGGCCUCGGGCAAUGUGAGCGGAGGUGUGUGUGAUGAGUGCCGCCACAACACCAUGGGCAACAACUGUGAGCAGUGCAAGCCUUUCUUCUACCAGCACCACGAGCGAGACAUACGGGACCCCAACAUCUGCGAGCCCUGUAACUGUGACCCAGUGGGCUCUCUGAACGGAGGGAUCUGCGAUGCUCUGACCGACGUGUCCACUGGGCUGAUUGCUGGCCAGUGCCGCUGUAAGCCCAACGUGGAGGGAGAGCGGUGUGACCAGUGCAAGCAAGGUCACUAUGGUCUGAGCGAUGACCAUCUGGGCUGCAAGCCUUGUACCUGCAAUGCUCUCGGGACAGUUCCUGGAGGAAGCCCCUGUGAAACAGACAGUGGAAAGUGCUACUGCAAGCGUCUGGUCACUGGGAGAAAUUGUGACCAGUGUAUGCCUCAGCACUGGGGUUUGAGCAAUGACAUGGAUGGCUGUCGCCCAUGUGACUGUGACCUCGGCGGGGCUCUCAACAAUGACUGUUCUGCAGAGACAGGGCAGUGUCAGUGUCGGGAGCACAUGUUUGGUCGGGCCUGUGACCAGGUGGAGUCAGGAUUCUACUUCAUUGCACUGGACCACUACACUUAUGAGGCAGAGGAUGCCAAAUUUGGGCCUGGCGUGACAGUGGUGCAGAGGCCUUACCCUGUGGACAGAACUCCCACCUGGACUGGCGUUGGGUUCGUGAAUGUUCCGGAGGGGGCGUACCUGGAGUUCAACAUCGACAACCUUCCCCAUUCCAUGGAGUACGACAUCCUUAUCCGCUAUGAACCUCAGUUGCCAGAGCAGUGGGAGGAGGUGUUGAUGACUGUCAUCAGGCCCAGAGUGAUCACAGCCGACAGCAGAUGUGCAAACACAAUGCCUGAGGACGACAACCAGCGGCUCUCUCUCCACCCCGGCUCCAGGUAUGUGGCGCUUCCCAGGCCCGUGUGCUUUGAAGCUGGGCUGAAUUACACCAUCCGGCUCAGCCUGCCCCUCUACUCCACACUCAGUGACAUCCAGUCCCCCUACACCCUCAUCGACUCAAUUGUGCUGAUGCCGCACUGUAAGAACCUGGAGAUCUUCUCAGGGUCAGAGGGAGGAGAUGUGGUGACCAAUAACGCAUGGGACACCUUCCAGCGCUACAGGUGCCUGGAGAACAGCCAGGGCGUGGUCAAGACCCCCAUGACCGACAUCUGCAAGGACUACAUCUUCAGUGUGUCUGCACUGUUACACUCGGGAGCUAAAGCCUGUAAGUGUGAUCCUAUGGGAUCCCUCAGCACAGUGUGUGACCCAAAUGGUGGCCAGUGUCAGUGUCGUACCAACGUGAUGGGCAGGAACUGUGACAGCUGUGCUCCCGCCACAUUCCUCUUUGGACCAUCUGGCUGCAGACCGUGUGAGUGCAACCCUCAGGGCUCCCUCCAUGCCUUCUGCCACGAGGCCACUGGUCAGUGUGAGUGUGUUCCCGGUGCUUACGGACGCCAGUGUGACCGCUGCCUGCCUGGCCACUGGGGCUUCCCCAACUGCCGUCCCUGCACCUGCAACGGCCACACUGACCAGUGCGACGUCCACUCAGGAGAGUGCCUGGGCUGCAGAGAGCACACCACCGGACACAACUGCGAGAGGUGUCUCAGUGGUUACUAUGGUGACCCAGUUCUUGGAUCUGGAGACCACUGCCGCCCGUGUAUGUGUCCUGAUGGUCCAGGAAGUAAUCGUCAGUUUGCUGGGGGCUGCUACAAGAGCCCGGACUCCUUCCAGGUGUUCUGUGUGUGCAGCCCUGGAUAUCAAGGUGCCAGGUGCGAUGAGUGUGCCCCAGGUUACUAUGGCAACCCUCACCAGGCGGGAGGCCAGUGUCUCCCGUGCCAGUGCAACAGCAACAUCGACAUGAUGGACCCGGGCGCGUGUGAUGCCAGCUCUGGUGCCUGCCUCAGAUGCCUGCACCACACCGAGGGGCCAGACUGCAGCCGCUGUAAGCUGGGCUACUAUGGCAACGCCCUCACCCAGAGCUGCAGAAAGUGCAUCUGCAACCACCAAGGCACCGCUCAGGACUCCUGCCCCUCUCUGGGAGACUGCCACUGUGAGCUGUCCAGCGGGCAGUGCCAGUGUCUCCCCAAUGUGGUGGGCCAGCACUGUGACCUGUGUGCCCCCGACACCUGGAACAUGGCCAGCGGCAAAGGCUGCGAGGACUGCAACUGCAGCCCAGAGCACUCGUACGGCAGCUCCUGCAAUGAGAUCUCAGGCCAGUGUUCCUGCAAGCCUGGCUUUGGGGGGAAGACAUGUCAUGAGUGCAGAGAGUUAUUCUGGGGGAAUCCAGAGGUGCAGUGUCAUGCUUGUGACUGCGACCGCAGGGGCACUGCAGAGCCCCAGUGCAACAAGGCCACAGGUCACUGUGUGUGUGUGGAGGGAGUGUCAGGUCCCAGGUGUGAUACCUGUGCUCGGGGAUUCUCGGGCGAGUUUCCCAACUGUGAGCGCUGCCACCAGUGCUUUGCGGAGUGGGACGUGAUUGUGGGGGAGCUCACCAACCAGACCCACCGGCUGGUGCAGAAGGUCAACGCCAUCAAGUCCAGUGGCAUCACGGGGCCUUACCAGCAGACAAUAGACAACGUGGAGAAGAGCGCCAGCUCCAUCCGGAACAUUCUGGCACAAAAUCCAGCCACUCAGCCCCUCACUGAAAUUCAGGAGCUUUUGGAGCAAGCCACGGAUCUGGUGUCAGAAAUGACCAGCAAGUUGAACCUAACUGAGGAGGCGCUGGGCAAGGUGUCGCUGGAGAACAAUGGCACAGACACCAAGCUAGAGGCGCUCAAAGAGGAUGCCCAAAAACUGGAGCGUACCGCCAAAGAGCUUCUGGAACAGGUGGAGUUUGUGAAGAACUCUGACGUGCGUGGAGCCACAGAUAGCAUCACCAAAUACUUCCAGCAGUCUCUGUCGGCGGAGACCAGAGCCAACGCCUCUAGCAGUGACCCAGACAGCACGGUGGAGCAGUCGGCUGCCCUGCGCCAGACGGUGGAGCAGAGGAUGAAUGAGACGGGAGACGAGUUCCUCAACAAGCAGGACACACACGCCAAGAGACUGGACGAUCUGGCUGGCCAGCUGGAGACCCUCAGUCUAGCGGAGCUGAGCGAGAAGACGUGCGGCAGCCGUGCGGGCUCAGAGAGCUGUGCGGACUCCCCGUGCGGGGGGCUCAGCUGUGUGGAUGCCAAGGGGAACAGGAAGUGUGGCGGGGAGGGCUGCGAUGGCCUGGCCACCCUUGCCUCCAGCGCCUGGCGCAAAGCCAAGGACUUUGAGAAAGAGAUUGGCAGUGCCAUGGAGGAGGUGGAGAAGCUCUCCAAGCUGGUGUCAGAGGCGAAGGUCAAGGCAGACGGUGCCAAACUGAGUGCCCAGACUGUCCUCUUGAAGACCAACGAGACCAAGCGGCGUGUGGACCAGAGCAACGAGGAGCUCCGCCAGCUCAUCAAGCAGAUCCGAGACUUCCUGACCCAGGACGGCGCGGACCUGGAGAGUAUCGAGGCUGUGGCUAAUGAGGUCCUGGACAUGCAGAUGCCCACCACGCCGGCCCAGCUGCAGAACCUGACCGACGAGAUCCGUGAGCGCGUGGGCAGCCUGUCCAGCGUGGAGGACAUCCUCAACCAGAGCGCCGCCGACAUCCAGCGCGCAGAGAGCCUGCUGGAACAAGCCCGCAAGGCCAGCAAAGAAGCCACGGACGUCCGGGACACGGCGGUGAUGGUGAAGGAGGCGCUGGAGCAGGCGGAGAAGGCUCAGAACACAGCAGCCGAGGCCAUCAAGCAGGCCACCACGGACAUCAAGGGCACGCAGGACCUCCUCACCUCUGUGGAAUCUGAAACAGCAGAUUCUGAGUUCAGGCUAAAUAACGCAACACAGAGGCUACACCGCCUGGAGAAAGACGUGGCGUUGCUCAAGGAGAAAGCCCACAACACCACCAGCACUGCUGAGAAGACAGAGCAAGACAUGGAGGACAUCAACAAAGUAGCUGAACAGGUUAAAAAGGACCUGGACAGUGACAUAAAAGAAAAAUACAAAACAGUGGAGGGACUGAUCACACAGAAAGCGAGCGGCAUCUCCGACGCCAAGAAGAGGGCAGAGAUGCUACAGCAGGAAGCCAAAGACCUUCUGCUGCAAGCUAGUGACAAGCUGAAGCUCCUCAAAGACUUGGAGAAGUCGUAUGAUGACAACCAGAAGACGCUGGAGGAUAAGGCCAAUCAGCUGGUGGAUCUGGAGAAGGCUGUGCGGGAACUGCUCAAGGAGAUCAGCCAUAAAGUCACUCUAUACAGCACCUGUCUCUUUUAACACCUGGACAAACAUUCACUAAUAAACAGGCAGUUCACAACACCAAUUUGGAAUGCCAUUUUAUAAAAUAGAAAUGACAGAAAAAUGGCAGGUAUUCAAGCUGAUGGUAUAAAAAGCUAAUACCAUUGAAAUAUAAAAGCUUAAGUUAAAAGAAGCAACACAAUACAGAAACCAAAGUCCCCAAACCAAAGUCGUUACAUUUCACUUCAAAUACUGAGAGUGAUGUUAACUCUAAAUUAAAUGUUUAAUUUAUAAAUACCUGUCAGAAUUGGUCUUUUUAAACUCAAAGUUGUGUGAACCAAUGUGCUUUAGCAAAUGAAAAAUGAAAGGUUUUUAUUACUAGUUUUCAGACUCAUCAGCCUUUAUUCUGAUAGGAUUUGAAAGGAUUACUUGUAGCUAAUAAGCGCAGGAGGCAACGUUUCCAGUGGUGCUUCUGGGCUGUCCCUAGGUCUGUCCCAGUCUGUUCCAGUCUGUUCCAGCACCUUCACCAGUGUUCCGGCAGUGUUGAGUCAAACCGAGUGUGUGCUAUUUCUUUUUAACUGAUAGCAUUACAUUGAAGUUGUUUGAUCAGAGGCAUGUGGCAAAUGGCCUGGCCCUUUCCAUGCUUUGAUACAUUUUACCAGUGCUGACUGUCAAUUCAACACAUUGUUAUAGCAAAAUUGGAACAUUGUUAAUUGUUUCAUACAUGUCUGUGUUGAUCUCAUCUGCAAAAGAGUGACAUGUCAGUUGGUAGAAAGGUCAUUUGAGGUGAUAUUUGGUUUAUGGAGUAUAAUUGUACUGGUAUUAGAAACACACACACAAACCUUUCCUUUUAUCUUAAGUGUUAUGUUAUGUCUAUAUCUUAGCUAGUAGCCUCAUACUUUUACACUUGUCUUUUCAUGAAAGGAUGAAUGACAAGUUGACCAUUUUUCUUUUCUUUUCUCAAAAUUGUAAGCAACCGACACGAAUAGUAAACUCAGAUUCUCACUCAGUUUCUUUUUUUUUUUUUACCCAAACCCCUUUAUUAAAACAUGUAUUAAAUAAUAAUAU